AUGGCUGAGUCUUCUAAAUUUGAUAGGCAUAAGUGUAAGCCUAAGAGCAUGUUCCUUCCUCCUUCCAUUAAUGCGAGCGUGGAAACAUUUAUCAAAUUAUGUCAGAUGGAUAUGGAUAAAAUUAAUUGGAAGAAGAAGGGGAAGCCGAAUUUGAGUAGGCAUGAACAUGCUACACUUAUGGGACUGAGAAAAGACGUUACCAUUUCUAUUAGACCUGCUGACAAGGGUGGAGCAUUGGUGGUGAUGAAUACGAGUGAAUACGUUGCUGAGAUGAAUCGUCAAUUGACCAAUGGAAGUCACUAUAGAAUUUUGGGAUAUGAUCCUACAGGUGAGUUAAAGGAGCGAAUUAAG